AAUAUCAGCUGCUUGUGCCAGAUAUAAUUAAUUAAUUUCGUCCGUCGUUAAUCCGUGCCGGUCGGUGCCUGAUUUUGUACGUCCGUGCCAGUCCGUGUCAGGCUGUUGCAAGUUACUACGAAGGAGCUUUUCGACGAGUGGUAUCGAUGUCAGUAACGUCCGUUCCGUGAACCGACACGGACGACGCAGAUUCGCAGUCCGCGUUUAAUUCUCUGACGAAUUAACGAGGAAGUCGAUAUACCUAGUCGCGCCAAUUAGUCGUUUAUCCCCGAUGGACGACGAGAUGCUUAUCGAGUGCGUGCGACAGCACGUGGAGUUGUACGAUCUCUCCGACAAGAGAUACAUCGACGGGGCUUACAAGCAACGCGUAUGGAACGAGAUAUCGCAAAAGCUCGGAUACCCAGCAAUAAUGUGCAAGAUGCGAUGGAACAACAUCAGGGACAAUUACCGGAAAUCCCUGAAGAAACGAGUCACGAGAAGCGGACUGACCGGACAGCCCAGGAACAUGAGAUACAAAUACGAGAACCAGUUAACCUUCCUGCUGCCAUUCAUAAGGGAGAGAGACCCCAAUCACUCGGGUCUUAUCAGGGAAGGUGACGAGGUGUCGACGGCGGGAGACACGGCGCCGUUGAAACGCGAUGACAAUUGCGAUAUGCAAGCGAGACCGGUCGCCGAUUUCGAAACGACGGAGGACGGGACGGACCGGUCGCACGAUGAGGAAACGCCGACGAUAAAAAACGAACGGCCUGGACGGGAAUUUCCGAUUGAGAGCAGCGCGAAAUUGGCCAUCCCCGAAUUAAUGACCUCCGACUACUCCGAGGAGAGCAACGAUCUCAGGUUCCAGUCCGCGUCGUCGGUGUCCCACUCCGUGGACGCCUUCCUGGCGAGCAUCGCGCCGACGUUGAAGUCGCUGAGCCCCUAUUACCUGAACGUCACCAAGACGAAGAUCUUCACGAUCGUGCAGGAGGCGGAGAUGAUCCAGAUCGUGGAGCAGCAGAAGCGGUACCGGGCGAGGAAGAGGCGAGGGGCGGUCGGCAGCCCGGACGAACCCGGUACCAGCCCGUUCUCCAGUCCGGCUCAUGUACCGGCCGUACCGUCCGCGUCUCCGCAAUCGUACGACUUCUCCCCUCAUCUGUUCACCGAGAUGUGCCCGUCGGAUCAGCAGCACAGAUCGAUCGCGGCGGCAGAUCCCGCCGCGGGCUCGAAAGCGGAUUAUUAAAGCUAAUGCCGAACUGUACGCGCGAUUCGCGGCGCGCGUCGGUUCACCGCGACGCGAGACUCGCGAACACUGUGGAUAGAGUCAUCGAAUUCACCCUUCGUUGUUUACCAUUCGUGCCGAUUCGCCGACGGAGCGGUUUUUCGGCGAAAUCGAGGGGGCGCGAAUCAACAGUCGGCUCGCGCACGGAGAGUUACAUUUGUACAAACGUAUGAAACUUUGAUCCCGCGGAAUGUGGAAGGUCUACAUGGAAGGCGGACAUUGCAUUUCUGUUAAUCUGCUGAUGAGUUGCGCAUAGUCUGCUAGUUUAGUGUUAGCUAUAAUUUUCAAUGUUCACUUGUGUACAAAUUAGAAUCGAAAUAGGAAAUAUAAUAAAAAACAUCAACACUUAAGUGACCAUGACAUUUGACAUUUUUCUUCUAUUAUAAUAUUAGUAGUCGUAUAAAGUGUCGUAUUUUGUAACGAGAAAUGGAAAUUGAGUCUUUCUGAACAAUAAUUCUUUAAGCCUCCUAAAAUAAAACUAAAAUUUUUUUAUUCUUCUGAUCAAA